CUUGACGUUGCGAUUUGUACAGUAAGUACCUGGGAUCGUCGAGCCGCAAACAUGAAUGUGACCAGGUCAGGAGCUCGCGAGCCACGAUCCAUUGGGAUAUAAAAUCUCCGAGUGUUACGGUAGGAUCAAAAAUCACCUGUCGGAAGAAAGGAAGAAGAUGUCAAGCGGUUUGCAACAUCUCACGUGGUUCAACAUCUAGCAUUACAACCUUAUUUCGGAGGUGCAGCGAUGGGUUGCACCAGCCCCAAGUGCUACAAUAUUGGCCUCUGAGAUGUAUUGCUUCAGAAAGGCUAUCAUGGACUUGCUCAGAGAUGGCAAGAAGGUCAGAGGGGAAUCCUUCCUUCUCGUUCAAUCCUCGAAGAAUUGGCAUAAUGGCGAGUCGACAUAUAAACCCGGGCUGUAAAAGUCCGUCUGUUCUUUCAGCUUGCAUCAUAACUUGAAUCAAUCGACCUCCAAGUGUGACUUGAGUUGAGACAUCAUGAAGUGGAAUACCUUGCUUCAACUUGCUGUCAUUGUUCUCAGUAUCUUCCCCGUUUGGGGUCUUCCUGCCGUGGAAGUCGAGCGCGAUGAGCCCCGGGCCUCGGACCAUUAUGUCUUUGCCCACUUCAUGGUCGGAAUAGUCGAGAAAUACGAACUGGACGACUGGAUCGCCGAUAUGAAAGCCGCCCAAGCCAUCGGCAUCGAUGCCUUCGCCCUGAACUGCGCCAGCAUCGACAAAUACACUCCCACACAGCUGGCGCUCGCCUACAAGGCGGCGCAGCAGGUGAACUUCAAAGUCUUUAUCUCCUUCGACUUUGCCUACUGGUCCAACGGCGACACAGCCAAGAUCACCGAGUACAUGCAGCAGUACGCCAACCACCCGGCCCAGAUGCAGUACCGGGGCGGCGCCGUGGUCAGCACCUUUGUGGGCGACAGCUUCAACUGGGGCCCUGUGAAGCAAGGCACCUCGCACCCGAUCCAGGCCAUUCCCAAUCUUCAGGACCCGGCGGCCGCGUCCAGCAACAAGGCUCGAUCCGUGGACGGGGCGUUUUCGUGGUACGCGUGGCCGACAGAUGGGGGGAAUAGCAUUAUCCAGGGUCCGAUGACGACGAUCUGGGAUGAUCGGUUCAUCAAGGACCUCGCAGGGACGACUUAUAUGGCACCUGUCUCGCCCUGGUUCGCCACCCACUUCAACAGCAAGAACUGGGUCUUCAUUUGCGAGAACCUGCCGACACUGCGGUGGGAGCAGAUGCUUACUCUUCGCCCUAGUCUGGUUGAGAUCAUUUCCUGGAACGACUACGGCGAGUCGCAUUACAUCGGCCCGUACGCAGCAAACCACAGCGACGAUGGCUCCUCCAAAUGGGCCAAGGGCAUGCCGCACGAUGCCUGGCGGGACCUGUACCAGCCCUACAUUGCCGCCUACAAGUCCGGCGCCAGCACCCCGAAAGUCGAAAAGGACAGCCUCGUUUACUGGUAUCGUCCCACCCCCAAAGCGGUCUCGUGUCCGGAAGAUAAUCUCGGCCCCCCGAACGGGAUCAACAUGCUCAGCGACAGCAUCUUCGUGGCGACUAUGUUAACCAGCCCGGCGACGUUGACGGUGACCAGCGGGGCGAAUGCGCCGGUGCGGAUCGACGUACCGGCGGGGAUCGUGACGUCGAAUGUCUCGAUGGGGGUGGGGAAGCAGACGUUCACGGUGAGUCGAGAUGGGCAGACUAUUCUGAGUGGGCAGGGGGGACUGGCGGUGCAAAGUCAGAGCCAGUAUUAUAACUUCAAUGUGUAUGUGGGGAAGAUUGCGGGAGCUUGA